AGCUCAGACAUGGCUGAAGAAAACCGCACUCUGGUCACUGAGUUUAUCCUCACAGGACUCACAGAGCAUCCCACGCUGAAGGUUGCCUUGUUCCUACUGUUCCUUGUCAUCUACCUCAUCACGAUGGUGGGAAAUCUCGGACUGAUUGCUCUCAUCUGGAAGGACUCUCACCUCCACACCCCCAUGUACUUAUUCCUCAGCAGCUUGGCUUUUGCUGACUCAUGCACUACAUCCUCUGUGACUCCCAAAAUGCUUGUCAACUUUUUAUCUGAAAACCAUGAGAUAUCCCCGUUUGAAUGCUUUGCUCAGUUUUAUUUUAUGGGUUCCAGUGCAACCACAGAAUGCUUUCUCCUAUCGGUGAUGGCCUACGACCGCUAUGUGGCCAUAUGUAACCCUUUGCUCUAUCCAGUGUUGAUGUCUAACAGACUCUGUAUUCACUUUAUAGCUGUGACAUACUUACUUGGUGUUCUGCACUUGGCCAUUCAUGUGGGUUUGCUACUUAGACUGACUUUCUGUAGAUCCAACAUUAUACAAUACUAUUACUGUGAAAUUUUACAACUUUUCAACAUUUCUUGCAUUGAUCCAACUAUUAACAUGUUUGUGCUUUUAAUCUUUUCAAUUUCUAUACAAGCCUUCACCUUUGUAACCAUCUUGGUUUCAUACAUCCGUGUCCUCUUUGCCAUCCUGAGAAAGAAGUCUGAGAAGGGCAGAAGCAAAGCCUUCUCCACAUGCAGUGCCCACCUGCUUUCUGUCUCUUUGUUCUAUGGAACUCUUUUUCUCAUUUAUGUUUGUCCUGGGUCUGGACCAGUGGGAGACAAAGAGAAAAUGCUUUCUUUAUUUUAUACAGUAAUAAUCCCCCUUCUCAACCCAUUUGUUUACAGUCUGAGGAACAAAGAGGUUAUAUAUGCUUUUAGAAGAGUGAUGAAUAACUGA